AUGUUUUAUUAUUGCUCGGUUUGCGAUUACGCUAUGAAUAUAGCGUGUGUGGAGAAACCAUUAGUGUUGUCUAUAGAUCAUUCCAAGUGGCAUGAGCAUUCACUUGCUUUGUUUCCAAGAAAGGCUUGUUUAACUUGCGACCUAUGUGGCUUGGAUGACUCUACAUGUCCUUUCUACAUAUGUCCACCUUGUGACUUUGUGGCUCAUCAAAGAUGCCUCAGCUUACCACGCGUCAUAAGGAUGUCUCGUCAUCUCCAUCGUAUCUCUUUUACACCUUCUUUUGAUGAAAAAGAAUUGUCGUGUGGUGUUUGUCGUAGAAAGAUAGACAAUGAUUAUGGUGGCUAUUCUUGUAUCAAGGAUGGUUGUUGUUACGCGGCUCAUUCAAGAUGUGCUACACAGAGCAAUGUGUGGGAUGGCAUAGAACUUGAAGGAGUGGUAGAAGACAUUGGUGAAGAUGAAGAAGUUGAGCCGUUUGUGAGGAUAAGUGAUGGGAUCAUUCAACAUUUCAGUCAUCAACAACAUCAUUUGAGACUUGAUGAGGACACGAGUAGAGAUUACGACGAGAACAAGCUUUGUCAAGCUUGUGCCAUGCCAAUCUUUUGCGGUAACUUCUACUCCUGUAUGCAAUGUGAUUUCAUUCUCCAUGAAGCUUGUGCAAAUCUUUCUCGCAGAAUACAUCACCCGGUUCAUCCUCAUAUGCUCACUCUAGUGGCAAGAUAUGACGGUGUUAGGAAUAGGGAGGACAGAUGUUCAACUUGUAUUAGGUUGUCCGUAGCUGGUUUCUUCUAUGAGUGCGGUAAAAGGGAGUGUUAUUUUAAGUUACACGUGCAAUGCGGUAUAGUCUCUGAGCCACUAGUCCAUGAAAGUCAUAUCCAUCCUUUAUUCCUAACAUCCAAACCAGGAGAGUAUAGAAAAUGUUGUGUUUGCAAAAUACUUAGCUCUACGCACACGAGAGAAACAUUCAACUGCAUUGAGUGCGACUUUGCUUUGUGUUUUGGAUGUGCUACUUUACCUCAAAAGGUGAUGUAUAAGCAUGAUAAGCACACAUGA